AUCCACAAAAUAGAAAGCAAGAAAAUAAUAAAACCGUGGACGGUGUAUAAGAGGCAAGUUGUGGGAUGGGAAGUGAGACAGUUAUGCGUGAAUCAUCUGGUGGAGAUGAAGAGCAAGGAAGGUCAAGGCCCUGCAAUCGCCGCAAAUGCUUCCUAUGUCCCAGAAUACAAGAUUGGGAGAAAAAGGAAAAUCGGUCCGGCAAAGGAGAAGACUUCAAAGAAGUCUACGAAUGCCGAAGAAAAGGAAAAGAUUGAGAAGGAACAGGAUACUGACGAGGGAAUGGAUGAAAGCGAAGAUGAAACGGAGAUCAUUGAGACGGAAGACGAGGCUGUGGAGACGUCGACAUCGACGAGUCAUUUGGUGAAUGUGAAUGGGAAGAGGGUAAAAAAAGGGGUUUUGCCCCACAUGGAAGAAUGUGCGAGUGAUCAGCCGAAGCUCUGGGACAAUCUGGAGGUCACCAUCUUGCAUGUCUCACAGGCAAAGUCUGAAAGGUAUGCAGUGUCAGGACUGCCGAAUCGUGAGACAGUGAGGAGAGUCUCAGCCAACAAGGUUGACAUUGUGAUGGAAGAAAGGGAGGGACCGAUUACUGAAGAUAACACUGACCACGGCUCAGACCCUAUGAUUGAUGCGUUGAAAGAAGAGAAUAAAUUAUUCGAUGAAUGGAAAAAGCUACGGAAUGAACUAACGAAGAAAACUACUUUUCUAGUCAAUGAUGAAGUUGAGAUCAAUCAGGUUAGGGAAAAGCUGAAGGAACUUCACCGUCUAGGAAUAAAGAAGACACGGUUUCAG